CCAAAAAUAAAACAAGACACAACAUAUCUCAAGUGUACUCUACAUUUGACGCCAUAUACAGCUGCAACUUAACGUCUCUCUCUACUGCAGUUGCAGAACAUUCGACACCCGACCACUCUGGCAGAACAUGGAAGUCUUAUAACGAAUGCAGAAAGAAGAACAUUUCCAGUUCAGAAUGUCUACUUGCUAUGGAAAAUAUUUGCAAAACUUCAAAACACAGAGCUACAAAAACUGUGCGUUUAACUCUAGACAAUGUAGAAACAAUUCUAAGAAAUAACCAAGCAGUGAAAGCGAUUCAUCUGUUUCGAGAUCCACGUGCAAUAAUGAAUUCUAGACUUACAACAAAGUGGUUUGAUGUGAAAGAAUCCCUUUAUAAUGACUAUAAGUUGCUUGAAGCGGAUGCUACAGACUUGUGUAAUCGAAUAAUUCAUGACCUUAGAGCUGGCAUCAGACUUAAACAAAAAUAUCCAAAGAGAUUUGCUUUUGUGAUGUUUGAAGAUCUGCUGGAAAACCAAAAAUUAAAAUCUGAAAUCUUAUUCAGAUUUUAUGGACUUGAAAGAAAUAAUUAUAAUGACCUAGACAGACCAUUCCUAGUUCCCGAAGAGGUGCAUGUGUUUAAAAAUAGAAAAUCUAUCAAUAAAGAAUAUGAGAACUAUGCUAAUUGGUGGAGACUGGAAUUAAGUGUUAAAGCCAUGGUAGUUAUAGACAGAGCGUGCAUAAAUGCUGUAGAUUUUUUAGGUUACAAAAGAUUCUAUACGGAAGACGACUUGCGCAACGUGUCAACUGAAGCUUUUUCAUUUUCUCCUCAAUUUCACAUAGAACAUUUAUAUGAAACACAUCAGUACGAAUUGUGA